AUGAGAAGGAAUGCAAACACAUCUCUGGACACUGUGGUGACAGAUUUCAUUCUCCUGGGCUUGUCUCACCCCCCGAAUCUAAGAACCCUCCUCUUCCUGGUCUUCUUCUUCAUUUACAUCCUGACUCAGCUCGGGAACCUGCUCAUCCUACUCACCGUGUGCGCUGACCCCAAGCUCCACACCCGUCCCAUGUACAUUCUCCUAGGCGUGCUCUCAUUCCUAGACAUGUGGCUGUCCUCGGUCAUUGUUCCUCGAAUUAUGUUAAACUUCACUCCUGCCAGCAAGGCUCUCCCUUUUGGAGGCUGUGUGGCUCAAUUAUAUUUCUUUCACUUCCUGGGCAGUACCCAGUGCUUCCUCUACACCUUGAUGGCCUAUGACAGGUACCUGGCAAUAUGCCGGCCCCUGCACUACCCUGUGCUCAUGAGUAGGAGGCUCUGCACCAUCCUAGUGGCUGGAGCAUGGGUGGCCGGCUCCAUCCAUGGGUCUAUCCAGGCCACCCUCACCUUCCGCCUGCCCUACUGUGGGCCCAACCAAAUAGAUUACUUUAUCUGUGACAUCCCUGCAGUGUUGAGACUGGCCUAUGCUGACACAACAGUCAAUGAGCUGGUGACCUUUGUGGACAUCGGGGUAGUGGCCGCCAGUUGCUUCAUGCUCAUCCUGCUAUCCUAUGCCAGCAUCGUCCAUGCCAUUCUGAAGAUCUGCACUGCAGAUGGGAGACGCUGGGCCUUCUCCACCUGCGGGUCCCACCUGACCAACCAUUCAUGA